UGAUGUUGAUGCAAUGUGUUGAUGUGAUGUGUUCAUUAUCAGCCCCCUUUCGGAAACGAGACUCGUGUUUUGAGAAGAAUAUGGAGGACAAAUACUAAAAACACGAGAAAAUGAACAGCACAAACCAGUUUAAAAGGGCAGUUGUUGCAACGUUUACGUAUCAACAAACGCAUGGAAGACCUCAAAGUUGGAUCAUCCGAUUUUCGAAGGUGCUAAGGAAAGGUUUUUCUGAUGCUGGGAGCGUGCGAAGACCUGUUCUUUCUAGGCAGAGCAAGACGUCUGCUUGCAAGAAGGUUUCAGUGGAAUCGUUUUCAGCUUUGUUUUGUCGCCAGAAGGAAGUGUUUAGAAGAUUCUUCAAAUUUCAAAGUAUCCAUUCUACAAGAAGUUCUGCAGAAGAGGAAAAACUACAUAUAGAAUCUACCUUAGUUUUAAAUAAUGGCAUUGAAAUACCUCGAUUUGGUCUUGGUGUGUAUAAGUCAAGUCCUGGUACAGAAACAAAGCAGGCAGUUAAAUGGGCAAUAGAAAGAGGGUACCCUAUGAUUGAUACUGCUGCUAGGUAUGCAAAUGAACACGAUGUUGGUCAGGUUCUGAAAAAAGUUGAUGUCUCACAGAAGUCAUUAUUUAUUGUCACAAAAGUCUGGGAUGAUAUGCAUGGUUAUGAAAAUACAAUUCAGUCAUUGAAGAACAGUCUAGAAAAGCUUGGAAUUGCAUAUGUUGAUUUGUUUUUAAUACAUUCUCCUGUUGGAGGGAAGAUAGUUGAUACUUGGAAAGCAAUGAUACACCUAAUGGAGCAAGGGCUUACCAGGUCAAUUGGUGUUUCAAAUUUUGGGGUCCACCACCUCGUAGCAUUAGGGAAAUAUUCAAAGAUUAUACCUUCAGUUAAUCAAAUUGAAGUGCAUCCAUUUAAUCAGGAGCGGGCAGUGAUGCAGUACUGCAAAGACAAUGGUAUUCAUAUAAUGGCAUAUUCACCACUCACUAGAGGACUUAAACUAAACCAUCCAGUUGUCCAGUACAUUGCAAAGAAACAUCAUAAGACUGCAGCCAAUGUGCUGAUUCGCUGGAGUUUGCAAAAAAAUUUGAUAUGCAUUCCUAAAUCAGUUAAGGAAAGGCAUAUAAAAGAAAACAACAAUGUAUUUGACUUUCAAUUGGAUGACAAUGAUAUGAAUUUUUUAGACUUGUUAGAAGAAAAUUUCAGGACAGGUAGAGACAGGCUGAAGGAAAUAUGGAUGGCAUGACGUUGCGGUUUUUAAUAAUACACUAAGAAUGGUUCAAAAGGCUUGAGGAAUCACAAUUUUAUCAGAAUUCGUUAUCUGUUUGAGGCCUUUUCUGUUUAAUUUCCUUUAUUAACCUCCAUUUAUGACAAUGUUUACUAAAAACAGCCAUGUGGAUCAAUUCCUCAUAAAAAAUAUUUAAUUUUUUUUCUUUCAAGUUUUCUUUUUCAAGUGAAUUAUUAACUGGGGAAUAAGUAUAAUUUUGGUUGUUAUAUCUUUCUAGACUAACUGCUGUAUGCAUAUGAUCUUCUUGUUAUGUACUUGUGCAAGUAUGCCAUCAUCACGUUUAAGCAAAAGUGUAUACCAGGCUGAACUGUUGACCAGUCUCUGGUUAUAUGGUAUUGUUGCUUGUUCAACCUUACCUCAUCAUCAUAGCCAUUAGAUGCUUGUUUUCAUGUACCCAAACCACUCAAAAAUCUUGUUUGCCAGCAAAUUUGGCAUCUUUUUAAAUUAACUCAAAUUUUGGUUACACCCCCUGUACACCCAUAUUGUGAGGUCACCUGAUACACAGCAUGAUUGAAGAUGGUCAAAAUCUGUUAGAUUUUAUUCUCCAAGUAACAUUAAACCUCCUCUAUUUCUUAUGCUUUUAGGUAGAUUCUGAAAAUCUCUAAAAAUGUUUGUAGUAGAUGCUCCCUUGAUAUUUAUAGAUAGACGAGGGUGAGAUAUUUUAUGUUAUGAUUCUAAGAAAGCCCCUGCAAUUAAUUCAUUUGAUUGAUAUCCACGAGUGACAUGAAUUUGAGCGUGAUUGGGCGUGGUCGUGACGUCACAGAGGCAAGCGAAAGUGGGCCCUGUUCUGGGGGUACCGAAGUGCAAGCGGUGCCAAACUGGUUGCUAUAUGGUGGAUUGAAAAUGAUGGAAACGGUGACAAUUUAUCUUUUAUGAUUGUGCCACUAUGUGCCAAAAAUAAAAAAUGGGGUCCCAAAAAAGUCUUUUGGCCAUAACUUUUGAACCAGCGGGGGUACCAGAACGCCCCUCACAUGAAAUGUUUUCUAUUUGGCAAAUAGAUCCUAGUAUCUUGCAGGCAUUGCAAUAAGUAAUGUGACAGACCUAUGAAUUUGAUAACACCUUGAAUCUUUGCUAAAAGGAAAUUUUGUUUUCUUAAAAUUACUCUAGGUUGGUUCAUAAUUUAAACGGUUUGUACAAUUCAGGAACAAAACUCUUUAACUGUCUUCUUUAUUUCUUUUGUGUUCAUUCAUUUUUAAAAUUGUUUUUAAAUAAAAGAAUUGUAAUUUAUAUAUAUGUCUGGUGAUAAGAGGUAGUCAUGAUUUAUUGCUCCUCCUUACUGUCCUUGUAAUGUACUCUUCGUCAGGUAUAGUUUUAGGUAAUUUGUUUGUAACCUGUUAUUUUGAAAAAAAAUUAUAAUUUAAACAUUGUCACGAGGAAACAUUCCAGGGGGUGGUCCAAAACAAGUUUACACUUUUCAGAAUCGAAUAUAGCCUGGUCAUUUAUGAAGACGAUUGAGAGACAGUUACAAACACCAAUCUGUCAAUCAGCUGUUGGCCAAUCAAUAAUCGCAUAAGUUGCAUCACGGUUCUUGAUUGGUCAAUUAUUGAUUGAUUGAUGGCUAAAAUCCCUUUACUAUCUAUCUAUUGCUUUCAAGAUAGGCCUGUUUUUACACGUGUUAAUGUAAUGCCGUGCACAAAUAAUAGCUGCUUGUUAAUAUGUUUGAUGUUGUUCAGUUUGAUGUUGAAUUUAUGAGAAAGUGUUAAAUAGCAUUUGAUUAAAUUUUCAUCCAUAUAAAAUCCUAUUCUUUCUAUUAAAUUUUUUUUCUUUUAAUUUUAGCGAAUUCAGACAUCACAAUGUGUCAAACGUAAUUGAUAGAAAUUUUUGAAAACUUAGUUUGUGUUAUAAUAUAAAGUAGUACUCUCUUAUUUGUUUUUGUGUUUAUUCCUAAGCCUAUUAUACUCCAAUGCAUAAUUGUUUAAACAAUUGUAAACGUAGUUUUACGAUGUAUAUCAUGAAACACAAGCACAGGUUUUUUGGAAGCGUGCUAAAGUUUUCUUGUGUUCUGAAAAACAUUUUAUAUGUUUUUUCCUCUAAGUACAGAUCCUAGUUCAGUAUUGUGUAAGUUUGUCAUAAGUAUACUGAAGCACGUUUUGUCCGACACUCUUCGGAGUAUGAACGUCGGAUAAUGACCGAAAGUAAGCAGAAAAUUUAUAUUCAGGCGUGGAUCGAACAACGUGAAAGGAAGAGAGACAUGUUUGAUUGGUUCUCACAAAAGAACUGAAGCUGAAGUAUGAUAUCAAAAUUGGGGUACCAAAGAUAAUGGUGGCAAUAUCACAUAGUUUAACGAUAAUAUUAUCAUCUGGAGAAGAGCGUAAUUUAGAUCCCAUUUAUACGAGUGAAAUUGGCAUUUUUACCACUUCUUGCUUUACAGAGCGCCAGCUUUUGUCUGGUAAUGUUUAGAACAUGUUUCCUUCCAUGUAAACAGUUAAAUACUGGCUUUAUCUUGGUCCAGAUCUUGUACUCACUUGACCCAGCUUCUCCAGUUCAAAUGGGGUCCUGAUGUACUGUUGCGCGCUAAUGAACAUUUUGACCACUGUUAGUACAUAUAAACAGUCGAUUGGAAGAUAUGUUUGAUGACGUCACGAAAUAAACAUCUGGAUAAACCUAUUUUACAUAUACACCUACUAAUUCCAGGUUGCCAGCUCAUCGAGUGUCUGACUCCUUCAGGGGCGGAUCCAGAGCAAAUUUUAAGGAGGGGCAGUUUUAAGG